AGAGCCUUCCUGGAGUGGUGGCUGGUCCCCACGUCCCUCCACCCCUUCCCACCCUCCCCGCUUUCCUCUCCUCCCUCGCUCCAGCCCCGCUGCUCUUCCUCCCUCCCUUCCCCCCUCCACCCCGGGCCGGCUUCCCACCUGGCCCAAGCCAGCUGUGCCGGUGUCACCGUGAGCCCGGCCCCGCGGCCAGCCUUCUGCGGGCCCCGCUGCGAUGGAGCUGUCCCUGCCGGAACCCGCGUCGGGCUCGGCUCUCAGUCCUGCCGGCGUGCGCGGUGGCGCCGACCGUCCGGGCCACCUCCCCGGCCUCCGGCUGGGAGCUCAUAGCUUCCAGGGGUCCCCGGAGCGCGCUGCUGCCUCUUCGCCGGUUACCACCCUCACCCAGACCAUGCACGACCUCGCAGUGCUUGGCAGCGAGACCCCAAAGAGUCAGGUAGGCAGCCUGCUCACAUGCCUAUCCCUGUCCCACCGCCGGGCGUCUGAAUCCUCCCUGUCGUCUGAGUCCUCUGAAUCUUCUGAUGCAGGUCUCUGCAUGGAUUCUCCCAGCCCCAUGGACCCCCAGAUGGCAGAGCAGACGUUUGAACAGGCCAUCCAGGCAGCCAGCCGGGUCAUUCGAAAUGAGCAGUUUCCCAUCCGACGCUUCCAGUCUCUGCCAGUGAGGCUUCUGGGCCACAGCCCUGUGCUACGGAACAUCACCAACUCCCAAGCACCCAGCAGCUGGAGGAAGAGUGAGGCGUGCGGCCAAGCUGCCCACAGCUCUGGGGAGGACAAAGAGAAUGUGCGCUUCCAGAAGGCUGGAGUGGGAGCAUUUGAGGGGAAGAAGAGGGUGUGCUGGGGUGUUUCUGUGGUGCUUGAUAAUGCCCCCUCUCCACCCCGAUCUUGCCCACAGGAUGGAUUUGUCUUCAAGAUGCCAUGGAAGCCCACACAGCCCACCCACACCCAGGCUCUGGCAGAGUGGGCCAGCCGUAGAGAAGCCUUUGCCCAGAGACCAAGCUCUGCGCCCAACCUACUGUGUCUCACCCCAGAGCGGAAGAUGGAGGUAGAGGAGCUGAGUCCCCUGGCCCCAUGUCCCUUCUCCCUGACCCCCACCAAGGGGGCUACCGAGGAAGAUGAUGGGUUUGUGGACAUCCUGGAGAGUGACUUAAAGGACGACGACUCGGUCCCCCCAGGCAUGGAGAGCCUCAUUAGCGCCCCACUGGUCAAGACCUCAGAAAAGGAAGAGGAGCAGGACCUCAUCAUGUACAGCAAGUGCCAGCGGCUCUUCCGCUCACCGUCCAUGCCCUGUGGCGUGAUCCGGCCCAUCCUCAAGAGGCUGGAGCGGCCCCAGGACAGGGACUGGCCCAUUCAGAGCAAGCGGAGGAAGAGUGUGACCCCUCCCGAGGAGCAGUGUGAGGCCGAGGAACCCAAGGCCCGUGUCCUCCGUUCAAAGUCCUUGUGUCACUAUGAGAUUGAGAACAUCCUGGACAGUGACCACCGAGAACUGAUUGGCGAUUACUCCAAGGCCUUCCUCCUACAGACUGUGGAUGGAAAACACCAAGACCUCAAGUACAUCGCAUCAGAAACGAUGGUGGCCCUGCUGACAGGCAAGUUCAGCAACAUCGUGGAGAGGUUUGUGAUUGUGGACUGCAGAUACCCCUAUGAGUAUGAAGGCGGGCAUAUCAAGAUGGCUGUGAACCUGCCCUUGGAACGGGAUGCUGAGACCUUCCUGCUACAGAGCCCCAUCAUGCCUUGCAGCCUGGACAAGAGAAUCAUCCUCAUUUUCCACUGUGAAUUCUCGUCUGAGCGAGGGCCCCGCAUGUGCCGUUUCAUCAGGGAACGAGACAGAGCCGCCAACGACUACCCCAGCCUCUACUAUCCUGAGAUGUAUAUCCUCAAAGGCGGCUACAAGGACUUCUUCCCACAGUAUCCGACCUUCUGUGAGCCCCAGGACUACCGGCCCAUGAAUCACGAGGCCUUCAAGGAGGAGCUGAAGACCUUCCGCCUCAAGACGCGCAGUUGGGCUGGAGAGCGGAGUCGGCGGGAGCUGUGCAGCCGCCUGCAGGACCAGUGAAGGGCCAGCCACAGUCCUGCCUAUGUUCCUUGCCUCAUGUGGCCUGGGCACUAGCCACCUAGGAGCCUGCAGGGCUCAGGGGUUGUGGAGGCCCCCCAGUGCUGUCCAGGGGAAAGAUAGUGAGGGUGUCCUAUCUGUCUACCCCCAGCUCUGGUCCCCUUGUCUCACUCCAGUCACACUCCAUGUCCUGGUGCCACCUCCUGCCCCAGCCCCGCCCCGCCCCUGGUCACAUGGUGAAACUGGAUUCAAGUCCAGCUCAGAGGAAGUAUUUUUGUGUCCAACCGGAGCCUUUUUUGCUCUUUCUUCCUUGUUUGAGUUAACCUUUUGUCUUCCUGCAUCCAGGAAAGCCCCCAUGUUUCUCAGGGCAUUGUUUGUAUGUAUGAGGCUGGAGAAAGCCACACACAGCCCCCAGGAUGGGCCAAAGGUGCUACAUUCCUCCCUGUCCUAGGUCAGCGCUGUGUCCCAGGCCCUGGACAGCAUUCUGGGGUGUGUCUGCCAUGUUUGUUCCCCUCCCUUUCCUUUUUUCCUGUCCUUUCAUACAGACACCCUCAGCACAAACAGAAGCUCUUACUUUUUCCUGUUUCAGUAUUACCUGCAUGCUUGAUUGUCUGUCUCAUGUCUUGCCCGUCUCAGGACAUUCACAGGCUGAGGUUUAGGCUCCCCCGUCCAACUGGGGUUAGAGACUCAAACAUUAAUCACCCACUCUGCCCUGGCUUCUGUUGCCUCAGAAAGGGACGUUACUAUCCUCAGGGGCACCUGAACCAGGGCAAAGGCCUGCAGCUUGAGCCUGCUGGAAGCCCAGCCUCCACUGCUGUGAACUCUGGGGUCUGACUGGUCAGAACUUGCUGCUCUCUUGUUGCGGAUGGACAGAUGGACAAAUGGAUGGAUGAUGGAUGCACAAUGCCUUGCACACACACAGCACUGAGUGGAAGCAUUUCAGCGUGCAUGGCAACCUGUGGCAGGCAUAUAUAUGUGUCUGCCAGUGUCAACAAAGUUCGUACACUUUAAGGUUUGGAAAUAUUCAGGAGAUGUGAUGGAAGGAGUGAAACCAAGGACAGAGCCACAUCUGGAUUCUGAAUCUCAGGCUGUGGGGAGGCUGUUUGAAGGCCUUGAUGAGUCAUCCAUUAGGGCCUUGGUUCAAUAAAGCACUGAGUGAGUUGAGUAA